UGCUAUACCUGAAAAAGAAAUAAUUAUACAGUGUGCAUGUUGCUUUUUUUCACGUAUUAGUAGGGAUAGAAAGCAGAAUUUGACAAUGAUGAUUCUUUCUCAUGUCUGCCAUUAUAAACCGAGUAACAUUACCCAUGACUUCUUUCAUCUACCUCAGGGAGAACGCUGUGGCCGUCUAACCCCUGCUGAACUCCACAAUGCCAAACACACACACUCUCAGUAACCAGCUCCUCUAGCGGGUUCGAACUGAUUGCAGUUGACAAAGCUGCUAGUGUAGUGCUGCUGUGUUUAACUCCUCAUUUGUGUAACGCAGUAGUUAUGCUGUCUACGUUUGUGUUUAACCCCAUGUGUUCCUCUCCGAGUUGCAUGAGGCUAGGGUUGGUGUAACCAGAAGCCCCUGCAUUUCUCGUAGCAAACACUAAUACUGCUCCCAGAGUAAUCGGGGUGCAGCACGAUGGGCCGGAGGAAUACUAACCCCUCCUGUUGAUUGCAGAGACACACUUUCACUCAUGUUUGACGGUUCUGUUCUGAUGCAGAGCAUUAAAGCGGCCGGCAGCUCUCCGAGAGGCAGUGUGAACGGGGAUGGAAUCGCUUCUCCUCAGAAAGAGGAGUCUCAGUCUCUGGCCCAGAAGCUGCAGCAGAAGGUUUCUUCUGUGGAGUCUUUGCUCCGGGGUUCGGCCCACGGUGAAGGGCUCUUCCGCUCCGGCUCCCGGGACAGUCUGGUCAGAAGCUCCUCCAGAGAAUCGCUCACUUUCGUCGGAGAGAAUGAAGCCCAGUCGUCACCGGCGUAUGACCCUCCGUCAGACAUCGAGAGCGAGGCGGAGGAUUUGCCCGGCAGCGCUGAGAGUCUGUCCAAAGAGCAGCUCUUAAACCGCCUGCACCGGGUCGAGAGAAGCCUCGGCAAUUACAGGGGGAAGUACUCAGAG